AUUACCAGAAAAGCCCUUGGACAUUUCAUACAAAGACCAAUACAACCGUUAAAACAGUCUCCUCACUCUCACAGACAGAGAGUCGUCUUCUUCGUCAGUCUUCGCUCUCAGCCGAAAAACCUAAAACGAACAAAAGGAAAAUCCCACAUGACCUUCGUUCUCUGAUUCAUCAAUGGCGGAUCUGUUUGGACUCGCAUGCCUUUGAAGGAUCACAACUCUUUCUGUUUCAUUUGGUAACUGCAAAUGGGGACCCGUUUUAAAUUCGUGUUUUGUGCUGUGACCAUCGUGAUUUGUUUGGGAGUCUUUGGAAUUGGUUCGGUUUCUGCCCAGAAUCGAAGACCUAAGAAUGUUCAAGCUGCGGUUCGGGCCAAGUGGUCCGGUACUCCAUUGCUCCUAGAAGCUGGUGAAUUACUAUCAAAAGAACAGAAAGACCUUUUUUGGGACUUUGUUGAGGUCUGGCAUCAGAGUGAGAAGGAUGAUGUUAAUUCUCAUAACGCUAAAGAUUGCUUAAGAAAAAUUGUAAAACAUGGCCUCUCUAUUUUAAGUGAACCACUGGCAUCUCUGUUUGAAUUCUCUCUUAUGCUGAGAUCUGCAUCUCCAACAUUGGUGCUUUAUCGACAACUAGCUGAGGAGUCUCUAUCUUCUUUUCCUCCGGUUGAUGAAAGUAAUUCGAGUGAGCAUGUAGAAGGUAAAAGGUCAGAUCCCUUGAAUGUUGGUCUAAACCCAAAAAGCCCUAAUGGGAAAUGUUGUUGGGUGGAUAUUGGAGGUGCACUGUUCCUUGAUGCUGCAGAUUUGAAAAUUUGGCUUCACAGUCCCAGAGAGUCCUCUGGAGAUUCAUUUCAGCAGCCUGAAAUUUUCGAAUUUGAUCACAUCCAUUUUGAUUCAAGUGUUGGAAGUCCGGUUGCUGUUCUUUAUGGAGCUCUUGGAACUGAUUGCUUUAGGGAGUUCCACCUCACCCUAGUUGAAGCUGCAAAAGAGGGAAAAGUUAAGUAUGUUGCUAGACAAGUAUUGCCUUCUGGCUGUGAUGCGGAGAUUGACCAUUGUGGUGCUGUUGGUACAAGAGAUUCGGUAAACUUGGGUGGUUAUGGAGUAGAACUUGCUUUGAAGAAUAUGGAGUAUAAGGCUAUGGAUGAUAGUACUAUAAAGAAAGGGGUCACUUUAGAAGAUCCGAGGACUGAAGAUCUAAGCCAAGAAGUCAGAGGGUUUAUAUUCUCCAAAAUUCUGGAACGCAAACCUGAACUCACAUCAGAGAUAAUGGCAUUCAGGGAUUAUCUGUUGUCUUCAACAGUAUCUGAUACACUUGAUGUUUGGGAACUAAAAGAUUUAGGACAUCAAACUGCACAGAGGAUAGUUCAUGCCUCUGAUCCCUUGCACGCAAUGCAGGAAAUUAAUCAAAAUUUUCCAAGCAUUGUCUCUUCCUUAUCUCGCAUGAAGCUCAAUGAUUCAGUUAAAGAUGAAAUAAGUGCAAACCAGAGAAUGAUCCCACCUGGCAAGUCCUUAAUGGCUCUGAAUGGUGCUUUACUCAAUAUUGAAGAUAUUGACCUUUAUCUGUUGGUUGACUUGGUACAUCAGGAUUUAUCAUUGGCGGAUCAGUUUUCAAAAUUGAAGAUUCCUCAUAGCACUGCAAGGAAACUCCUGUCGACUGUGCCUCCUCCAGAAUCUAAUAUGCUCCGUGUAGAUUUUCGUUCAAAUCAUGUUCAUUAUCUAAAUAACUUGGAAGAAGAUGCUAUGUAUAAACGAUGGAGGAAUAAUCUAAAUGAGAUUUUGAUGCCAGUGUUCCCAGGACAGCUACGUUAUAUCCGUAAAAACCUUUUCUAUGCAAUUUCUGUUAUUGAUCCAGCAACUGUUUGUGGUCUUGAGUCCAUUGACAUGAUUACGUCUUUGUACGAGAAUAACUUCCCUAUGAGAUUUGGGGUUGUACUGUAUUCUUCUAAGUUCAUCAAGCAGAUUGAAACUAGUGGCGGUGAAGAUGACAGUAAAAUUGAGGAGGAUAUAUCCAGCUUGAUUAUACGUCUCUUCAUUUAUAUCAAGGAGAAUCAUGGAAUUCAAACAGCUUUCCAGUUUUUGAGCAAUAUAAAUAAAUUGCGGAUUGAUUCUGAUGGUUCUGAUGAUGAUGCUCUUGAAAUGCACCAUGUCGAAGGAGCAUUUGUAGAAACUGUAUUAUCCAAGGCAAAAUCUCCACCUCAAGAUUUAUUACUGAAGCUGGAGAAGGAGCAAACUUACAAGGAACUUUCUCAAGAAAGCUCCAUGUUUGUCUUUAAGCUGGGUUUGGCUAAGCUGCAGUGUGGCCUGUUGAUGAAUGGGCUUGUGGUGGAUUCUAAUGAGGAGGCCCUUAUAAAUUCCAUGAAUGAUGAGCUACCCAGAAUACAGGAGCAAGUUUACUAUGGGCAUAUAAAUUCUCGAACAGAUGUUCUUGAUAAAUUUUUAUCAGAAAGUGGUACUACUCGCUAUAAUCCACAGAUUAUUGCUGGUGGAAAACCAAGGUUCGUUUCUCUGUCUACAUAUGUUCUUGGAGGAGAAGGUGUCUUAAAUGAUAUUAACUAUUUGCAUUCUCCCGAAACUAUGGAUGAUUUGAAGCCUGUGACUCAUCUUCUAGCUGUUAAUGUUGCAUCAAAGAAAGGGAUGAAGCUGCUUCAUGAAGGGUUAUACUAUCUGAUGGAUGGGUCUAAUGCUGCUCGAGUAGGUGUGCUUUUCAUCGUCAAUCAGCAUGCUGAUGUUUCUAGUCUUCUUUUCGUGAAGGUGUUUGAAAUCACCGCAUCCUCGUAUAGCCAUAAGAAAAAGGUGUUAAACUUUCUGAGUCAGAUGUGCACAUUAUAUGAGCAUAAUUACUUGCUUGCACCAUCUAAAGCUGCUGAGAGCACUCAAGCAUUUAUAGAUAAAGUCUGUGAGUUGGCUGAGGCUAAUGGGUUAUCAUCAAAGCCCUACAGAUCUGCUCUUUCUGAAUUUUCUGCUGACAAAUUGAGAAAAUAUGUGAAUAAGGUAGCACAAUUUUUAUAUAGGGAACUUCGCCUUGAAUCUGGUGUUAAUGCAGUCAUUACUAAUGGAAGGGUGACACCUUUAAAUGACGAGAGCACCUUCUUGAGCCAUGAUUUACGUCUUCUAGAGUCUCUGGAGUUUGCACAGAGAAUAAAGCACAUAGUGGAAAUUAUUGAAGAAGUGAAGUGGCAGGAUGUGGAUCCUGACACCCUAACAAGCAAAUUCAUUAGUGAUACUAUUAUGUGUGUGUCAUCUUCAAUGGCUAUGCGGGAUCGAAGUUCUGAAAGUGCACGCUUUGACAUUUUGAAUGCAGAAUAUAGUGCCAUUGUUUUGAACAAUGAAAAUUCUAGUAUUCAUAUCGAUGCAGUUUUUGAUCCUUUAAGUCCAUAUGGCCAGAAGCUAUCAUCAAUUCUUCGCGUUCUUUGGAAAUACAUUCGGCCCAGCAUGAGGAUUGUACUAAAUCCAAUGAGUUCUCUUGUCGAUCUUCCUCUGAAGAAUUAUUACAGAUACGUGGUACCAACAGUGGAUGACUUCAGCAGCACCGACUACACAAUAAAUGGGCCAAAAGCCUUUUUUGCAAACAUGCCACUGUCCAAAACUCUCACAAUGAAUCUUGAUGUUCCUGACCCAUGGCUAGUUGAGCCUGUUAUUGCAGUCCAUGACUUGGAUAAUAUUUUGCUUGAGAAUCUUGGUGAGACACGGACAUUACAAGCUGUGUUUGAGCUUGAAGCUCUUGUCCUUACGGGUCAUUGUUCUGAGAAAGAUCAUGAUCCUCCCCGUGGCCUUCAGUUGAUUAUUGGUACUAAGAGUACACCUCACCUGGUUGAUACUCUUGUGAUGGCCAAUCUGGGAUAUUGGCAAAUGAAAGUGUCUCCUGGGGUUUGGUACUUGCAACUUGCUCCUGGUAGAAGUUCGGAACUUUAUGUUCUGAAAGAUAAUGGUGACGGAAGUGGAAGCAAAACAUUUUCCAAACGUAUCACCAUAAAUGAUUUGCGGGGUAAAGUAGUUCACCUGGAAGUAGCGAAGAAAAAGGGAAAGGAGCAUGAAAAUUUGCUAGUGUCUGAUGUCGAAGACAACACACAGGAUAAUAAGGAGGGAAGUAGCUGGAACACCAACUUCUUGAAAUGGGCUUCUGGUUUUAUUGGUGCUGCUGAACAAUCAAAAAAGAGUGGAAGUACUUCAGUGGAGCAAGGAAAGGAUGUACGACAUGGAAAAAUGAUUAAUAUUUUUUCUAUUGCUUCUGGACACCUAUAUGAACGUUUUCUAAAGAUCAUGAUUUUAAGUGUCUUGAAGAACACCCGUCGUCCAGUCAAAUUCUGGUUCAUAAAGAACUAUUUGUCUCCUCAGUUCAAGGAUGUCAUUCCACUUAUGGCUCAAGAAUAUGGUUUUGAGUAUGAACUAGUUACCUACAAGUGGCCUACAUGGUUGCACAAGCAGAAAGAAAAGCAAAGGAUUAUUUGGGCCUAUAAAAUCUUGUUCCUUGAUGUUAUCUUCCCCCUUUCUUUGGAAAAGGUCAUUUUUGUUGAUGCAGAUCAAAUUGUUAGGGCAGACAUGGGAGAACUCUAUGACAUGGAUAUAAAAGGAAGACCUCUUGCAUAUACUCCAUUUUGUGAUAACAACAAGGAUAUGGAUGGAUAUCGGUUUUGGAGACAAGGUUUCUGGAAAGAACAUUUACGGGGAAAAUCUUAUCACAUAAGUGCUUUGUACGUUGUUGAUUUGAAGAAAUUUCGAGAGACUGCAGCAGGAGAUAAUCUGAGAGUUUUCUAUGAGACUCUUAGCAAGGACCCUAACAGUCUAUCUAAUCUUGAUCAGGAUCUUCCAAACUAUGCUCAACAUACAGUACCGAUAUUUUCUUUACCGCAAGAAUGGCUGUGGUGUGAAUCAUGGUGUGGUAAUGCCACAAAGUCCAAAGCAAAAACCAUUGAUCUUUGUAACAAUCCCAUGACUAAGGAACCCAAGCUUCAGGGAGCUAGAAGAAUAGUUUCUGAAUGGCCAGAUCUUGAUUUGGAGGCGAGGCAAUUCACUGCGAAAAUCUUAGGUGACGAACUGGACGUCCAAGAGCCCACACCACUGCCUAAUCAAUCGGAGAAAUCAGUGAUUGGCAGUCCAGCAGAGGACCUUGAAUCUAGGGCAGAGUUGUAAAUAUAAUAUAAAAUACACUAUGGUUUGGUAUAAAUAGAGCAAUUAUGCAAAAGAUCUUGGGUAGCCGGUACACUUUGCAUAAUUUGACCUCAAGGUGACAGACAGCCUUCCAAACGGUGAAAUUAUUGUAUGCUAAACAAGAGAUUUUGGCCAGCAAGAAGACCAUGUGAUACCUGAAAAGAGAGGCUUUGCAGGAUUUUCAUUUUCAUUUUCCAUUUUUGAUUAGCUGCUGAGGCUCGUUCAGGCUUAUUAACUAGUAGCCCCAGAUGUACUAUUUUUGGCCCUGGAUGUACUUUAGAAAAGAGAUUAUUGUUGCUAUAUAUUAACCAAGAAUAUAAGAGAUUUUGCGAUCUUUCAAUAUUUGAUGACAAUAUAAAUGAAAGCUAUUGUUUACAAAUACUGAUAUAUAAUAUGUUUUCCUAUUUCAUUUCA